AUGCCACAUUUGGGGCAAAUUACAUGUGGUGGACAGUUCUCCGAGUGUAAAGAUGGGGUCAACAAUCAUACAUGUGUUUGUAAACCAGGAUACAGAGGUACUGUGCCGCAGUGUGUAGAGAUAGACGAGUGUCAGGAGUACACACCAUGCCGGAAUGGUGCCACAUGUCAGAAUUUAGUCAACAACUAUACAUGUAGUUGUGUGCCUGGGUACGGGGAUAAGAAUUGUUCUACAGAUAUAGAUGAAUGUACUUCAAACCCAUGUCAAAAUGGAGCAACAUGUGUCGACUUGUUGAAUGGAUACAGAUGUGACUGUGUAUUGGGUUACAACGGAAACGAGUGUCAGACUGACAUAAAUGAAUGUGCCCGUCAACCAUGUAUAAAUGGUGGAACUUGUAUUGAUCUGGUUAACGAGUACAGUUGUGUAUGUGUGAUAGGUUACACAGGGCCUCGUUGUCAGACAGAAGUGGAUGAAUGCUCUCCAAACCCUUGUGGCAUUAACAGCACUGCCUGCACAGAUGGUAUAGGAUUCUUCAACUGUACCUGCAAACCUGGAUAUUCUGGUGUCAAAUGUCAAACAGAUAUAGAUGAGUGUAAUUCGGAUCCCUGUCAGAAUGGUGCAGUGUGUACGGAUAGGAUUAAUGGAUAUCAUUGCACAUGUACGCCAGACUGGAUGGGUACUGAUUGUUCUGUUCAGUUUGAUGCAUGUAGUCCUGUGUUUCAAAAUUGUAAAAAUGGUGCAACAUGUAUAUCCACGCCCCCGUCACAUGAUUUGAGUUGUACGUGUGUAACAGGUUUUACAGGGAAUCAAUGCGAGACUAAUAUAGACGAUUGUACGCCAAACCCAUGUACGCUACCUCACGUCUGCUUUGAUGAAGUCGACAGUUACCGAUGUGCUUGUCCGUUAGGCAUAGUUGAAGGUUAUGAAGGUCAGGAUUGUACAACAGAUAUUGACGAAUGCCAAAGCUCACCGUGCCAGAAUGGCGGAACUUGUAUCAACGAAAUCGGUAAAUAUACCUGCCAAUGUAACCAGAGACUUGCUAGCGUAACAGACUCGCAAAAUGAUCGUACUUGGAACUACCUGACUGGUUAUAAUGGAACAAAUUGUGAACAAGACAUUAAUGAAUGUCUUGUUGAACCGUCAAUAUGUUUGCACGGUGGCGACUGCGAGAAUGAAGAUGGAACAUUCCAGUGUAAAUGUGGCCGACAUACGGAUGGGAACUAUUUCUCAGGUUUGAAUUGUGAGGUGUCAACUUCAUAUUGUAACAUACACGAGGUGGUAAACAGGGAUCCACCAGCAUGUAAGAAUGGUGGAUCUUGUCGGGGACUUAUCAACAACUUUACAUGUGACUGUAUCCCAGGAUAUGAAGGCUGGCGUUGUGAAACAGAUAUUGAUGAGUGCGCGUCCAAUCCAUGUCAAUAUAACGGAACAUGUGUAGAUGGUGUAAACAGUUACACAUGUGACUGUAUUGAUGGAAUAACGGGAGAUAACUGCGAGACAAAUAUAGACGAGUGCAGUUCAGGCCCAUGCUUAAAUACGGGCAAAUGUAUCGACAAAAUAAAUAUGUUUGAGUGUAAUUGUACAGAUACUGGUUUUAAAGGUACCACAUGUCAGACAAAUAUAGAUGAUUGUGAACCCGAGCCCUGUGUUAAUGGAGGAACAUGCUAUGAUCUUAUAAAGGACUAUUCUUGUUCAUGUUUCCCUGGUUACACUAGCAAAGAGUGUCAGACAGAUAUUAACGAGUGUGAGUCAUCUCCGUGCCACUUCAACAGUCCCUGUUUACAGAAAUCUAAUCAAACCUUGUAUGACAUCAACCACCCAGGCUUUGAGAACCUUACAUUCUCUUACGCAAAUGCUUCAGGAUACUUGUGCGAGUGUGUGGAGGGUUCAAGGGGUGUCAAUUGUGAAAUCAACAUAGAUGAUUGUCAACAUGAUAAUUGUAACAACGGCACAUGUUUCGAUCUUCUCAAUGCAUACAGAUGUGACUGUUAUCCAGGUUUCGAGGGAGAGUACUGUGACACUGAAAUUAACGAGUGCGAUCGUUACCUCCCUUGUCAGUAUGGGUCUACAUGUAUAGAUAAAAUCGCUGAUUAUCAUUGUGUAUGUCCACCAUUUUUCAACGGUAAACCGUAUGCCGGAAAAAAUUGUUCUUUCGAAUUAACAGCUUGUCAAAAUAAUGAGUGCCAUAAUGGGGCGACUUGUCAGCCAUAUUUAAUAAAUGAAACCAGAGGAGAGCAAGAUUAUGAGUGUUUGUGUACAGAGGGAUUUACUGGGCGAUAUUGUAAUAUUUCUACAACUAUGUCAUUUGAUGACUCUUAUGUAAAAGCAAAGAUUAAUAUGUCCGUAGAUGUGACACUUUCCUUUCGAUUCCGAACGACAUUAAUGGAAUCUGUUUUAUUUGCAUGGAUCGGUCAAAAAAGUAGUAUUAAUCAACUGUUUACAUCUAUAGAACUGAGUGGCGGUAGAGUUGUCGUAGGAUAUCAUAAUGUAGGAACUAGUGGUUUCAUAAACACACCUGUAUCGAACAAUAAAUUAAAUGAUGGAAGCUGGUAUAAAGUAGAGCUUACGAAAACAAACAGCCACUUAUCUGUGCUGAUAACAGGAAGUAAAUGUGCUUCGGGAUGUAAUAUAGAUGUUGCCUAUGAUCCAACGAUUCAAACAACACAAGAUGGUUACUUCGGAAGUGUUUUGGAUGCUACUUCGUUACAGAAGACUGUGUCUAAAACUAAGUAUGUCGGUUGUAUGGAGGACAUAACAGUUUGGGGAACCAGACUAAGUCUCGAUAUAGUAAAUGCCAAUCAUAUCUUUGUCAAUCUGACGAGAGGAUGUCCACGUACUGUACAAUGUUUCCCUGAUACAUGUAAUUAUAAUGGCAGUUGCAUCGAUUUAUGGAAUGAAUACAAAUGUGACUGUUACAGACCAAAUCUAGGACUUACAUGUGAUACAGCAUAUAUAGCUGCUACAUUUGGCUUUAACAAUAUUCCGGAAAGUACUGCUGAAUUUAGUCUGUCACAGGAUAUACAGACCGUCGUCCAGCAGAAAUUUGAUUUCUCAUUUUUUAUACGAACCCGUCAGGAGACUUCACUAAUACUUUUCUUCGGUGAUUUAUCAACAACUUUCUUGACUCUAGAAUUAGAAAGUGGACAUUUGAAAGUUAGGAUGAAAUUUUGUGCAUUCGAGAGGAUUCUCUUAUCAAAUGAUGACACAUACAGUGACGGACAACAACAUCUUGUGAAAUUUUCUAGAAACGGUAAUAUUUCUGUGUUUGUUGAUGACGAUUUAUUACACCAAGUAAAUGUGCCAAAUGAUUGUACCUUUAAUGCACAGCAUCUAUACUUCGGUGGAAAGACACCUAACUUUUCUACAGGACGGCGGAAGAAACGUCAAACCAUCAUUAUGGAUGGUGAUAUUGACGAUUUUACGUCUGUUCCGAGUUAUAAAGGAACAAUACAGGAUGUUCAACUUGAUCAAUUCACGCUGCAGUUUUAUCCACUGUCUGAUCCGACUUUGACCGAUUUAAGACCGAUAAAUAUCACCAGCAGUACUGGUUUAACGGAGAAUGAAGUCAGCGAUCCCGUGUGUGAGAUGAUUACCCCAUGUGACAACAACUCUACAUGUUCUGAUGUGUUCUUUAAUGAUUACAGUUGUGAGUGCCUGUUAGGUUAUAGAGGAAAGAAUUGUAGCGAAUUAGAUUUCUGUGUAACUGGGACAUGUCCAAGCGGCUCUACCUGCCAGAGUCUACUGGAUGGCUUUGAAUGUAUAAGUGAAGCUACUUUUGACGGAAAAAGUAGCUAUGCUGUCUAUACUCACACCCUGGCAAACACGACACAAAUAAACUCCUUCUCUUUCAAGUUUAGAACAUUAGCUAUGAAUGCUUACAUUUUAAUGAUCGGAAAUGAGUCCCGUUACUUCAAGCUGAGGCUGAUCGGACAAAAUCUCGUCAUUCAGUAUAAACUGGAUGACUCGAAAGAAAUGCUAUUGACAGCUUAUUAUCCAGUAAGUGAUUCAAGAUGGUUACUAGCGAGAGUUACCGAUUCCAUGGAUGCAGUUACCUUGACAUUAUAUGACCUUGAAGAGGUCACCAUGUAUCAGAAUGUGAGCAGUCAAAAACGUGUGAACAGUGUCGCACUUAAUGAUCUGAUAAUGGCAGACGGUAAUGAAGUUAAAGUUGGCAUUCGGGUUUCUGGUGUAAAUAUAAUAAAUUCUUUAUAUGCCUAUGAAGGAUGUUUAACUGAACUACGUAUCGGAGGAAUAUUGCUGCCGUUUUUCACAGAUGAACAAUUUGUAAAUAACACAAGUCGGCAGAAAUUCUUGUUACAAAGUCACAAUUUCGAACACGGAUGCCAAGCUGGUCAGGGAUGUGUUGAUAACCAGUGUGGUCAUGGCUCAACAUGUAUUCCAGAUUUCUACACAUAUGUAUGUAAUUGUAGCAGUGGCUACACGGGACGCUGGUGUCAAGAUCAUGUGGAUUUAUGCGAAGAAGAUUCUUGUGUAAAUGGUCACUGUGUCGACAAGAUGCAUACUUACGAGUGUGCCUGUCCUUCUGGAUAUAUGGGUAACAGGUGUGAGACUGAUGUGGAUGAAUGUAACAGUAAUGUAACGGCGUGCCAGAACAAUGGAUCAUGCCAGAAUGAAAACGGGACCUACAGCUGCUCUUGCCCAGCAAACUUCAUCGGAGACAUGUGCCAAAUACCGGUGACAGAAAACUGUAGUGACAAUCCCUGUGUGCACGGGACAUGUGACAUGAUUACUACAACACAUCCAACCACUAAUACUCAAGUCAGCACAUUUAAUUGCACAUGCGAAGCUGGUUAUGAAGGGUAUAAGUGUGACACCCCUAUAGAUUACUGCAGUGACUUCCCUUGUGAGAACGGAGCCACCUGUGUAUCUAAUACAGCUUUACAGAAAUAUACAUGCACCUGUGUUACAGGGUUCACUGGCGAAAGAUGUGAACAAAAUAUAGAUGACUGUGUAUUUAGUGUCUGUUUGAAUCAUGGUACAUGUGUGGAUGGUGUUGACAUGUUUACUUGCCAGUGUGGAAAGUUUCAUACAGGGUCUACCUGCGAGACUGAUAUUAAUGAAUGUGAAAUCACUCAGCCAUGUCAAAACCAGGGUAAAUGCUUCAACGAAAAUGGCUCUCCGGGGUUCAACUGCAACUGUGGCAACACAGGUUACACAGGGAUUUUCUGUGAAACUGAUAUCGAUGAAUGUACCACUCAACCGGGUAUUUGUCUGAAUGGGGGAACCUGUACCAACACAAAUGGAAGCUAUACAUGCAAUUGUAGUCUUGGAUACAAGGGAAAGAACUGUGAAAUCCCAGAUUGUGGUGCGGUCAACUGUGAAAAUAGAGGCAUAUGUAAUAUCGUACAAGCUAAAUGGAAAUGUACCUGUCCUCAGUACUAUGAAGGAGAACUUUGUGAGAUUAAAGGUCCAUGUGCAGAUCAACCCUGUGUUAAUGCUAACACAGAGAGUUGUACUCAGGAUGUGACUGCAAACAACUAUACCUGCCAUUGUAAACCAGGUUGGGAGGGACAGACAUGUGAUACUGAUAUAAACGAGUGUUUAAACCUUGACCUCUGUAAAAACGGAGCUACGUGUGUAAACAGUCAGGGAUCAUUCCGAUGUGACUGUACUCUCGGAUUUACCGACCAGUUUUGCGGGACCAACAUUGACGAGUGCGCAUCAUCUCCUUGUAAAAAUAAUGGUUAUUGUAUUGAUGGAAUAGGACAGUUUGAAUGUAACUGUACUGAUACAGGUUACGAGAAUGUAACAUGUGAAGUGGAUGUAAACGAGUGUGAAGACAAUAACCCAUGUUAUAACGGAGCUACGUGCAAAAACUUAGAAGGAAGUUACGAGUGUCAAUGUACAGAUGAUUUUGAGGGCCCGAAAUGUGAAGUGAAGUCUCAAGCAUUGAUGGAGGAUGAUAUAACGUGGUAUAUUGUGGGCCCUGUCAUAGCCCUGGUCCUUAUACUGAUAACUAUAGGAGUAAUUUGGUUUUUGCUUUGUGUACGUAACAAGCGAGCAACACGCGGAGCUUACAGUCCGAGCAGACAGGAAGUGACGGGAUCGAGAGUGGAACUCGGAAAUGUUAUGAAGAAACCACCUCUAGAACGAUUGAUAUGAUCCAAUCAGAGAUCAGCCUUAGUGAACAUAAUAGAUAAUCAUAAUGCGGGUCUACUUUGCAAUAGAGUUAAACUUGCGUCCAAUCAUUAAGUGAUGUCAGUGUGAAAACGAAAAUAUUGCCAAAAUGAUGCCAGGAACUUCAUAUUUGUGCUGAUUAUUUUCCAAAUGUUAUCUGUGUCAGUGAGUAGUGUAAGUGUAAGAUUAGUGUAAGUUUCGAAUAACACUAUGCAGUGGUGUUAAGUUGAUCUGUUUUGGAUUUAAAUAAAGGUCAGUAUAUGUGACAGGGACUUGAAGAAUUGACAAUAUAUGAGAAUCAGAGAUGUCAUGUAAAGUGAUGCUGGUGGGGCAUGUAUUCAAGCAGAUUUUAUUAUCCAAAUAUUAUGAUAUUGAAAGUUUAAUGUGAUAUUAACAUUAUUUUUAUGUUUUUUCUUUAUGGACAUCCUGGAAGGGUGAGAUUAUGCAUUUAUUGUUGUGUAUGAUAACAAUAUAUUAAGGAACACUUACUUACACAUGUAUUCAUAGAGCUUUAAGUGCCAGUAUUGCUAUUAAAGGGAAGUAAUUCAGAAAGUAUCUAGUGGAAUAUUAAAGGAUCCUACUUCAGUGUCCUGUGCCAGAACAUUUCUUUACUCUUUUUCGCUUUGCCAUUGGUUGAUUUAUAAAAUAAAUUUAUAUGACAGCUAAUCAGAAGCUUUGUGACAUAGAACCAAUGAGAUUCUAGAUUAUUUUAGGACACUAAAUGAGUUCUGUUCAUAAGCAUGACAUAGAAAAUGAUAAUAAUAUACUAACAAAAAGUGAUUAAACAUACAGACAGAUUUUGAUUAUUGAUAUAAUAAUGUAAUUUAUAAAAUCUUUUGGACAAACUGUAAUGUUUUACGUUAGACUGCUGCAAUAUUUCAUGUAUUCUUCUAUGUUGGUCUUGUCCAGAUUGCUCGACUUUGGCAAGGAAAGUGUGCUAUUUGAAAUUCCUUGAUAUUUAUUUGGAAUGAAAUAAAUUAACUCAUUGAGGUUAUUUAAUUAUUCAUAUAUAGAGGCUAGAUUUUGUUACGUUAUUUAGAAUUACUUGAAUUAAAUUAUUGGAAUAAUUUUUAUGCAGUAUUAUAUCAAUAGAUUAUAUCAGAUUUUGUACUAUUGUCAGGACUUUAACCAUAAUUGUAACCAUCUUUGUUAUUUUAUGUUGAAUACCCUUUCGUUGAAAAUUAUAAUAGUCAGUGGUAACUUGAAAUCUAACAUUUUGAUAUUUAUGUUUGGUUUUAAGUCAACACACAUCAUAUGGUAAUUUUCAAGUUUAACUUGUGAUUUGAGGUUGGACCAAGAAUACCACACAUGCAUUUUCUAAGGAGAGCAGGCACCUGGGUUGAACCACUGACAAUAUCCUCUGUAAUCUAGCCAAGGUUAGCAUGAUUGUAAAAUGAAUUUCAAAAUACAGGUUGUGAUGUUUAUUACUUAUUACUUCUAGAAAUUCUGAGUUAACUUUUAAGUAGCGAAGGAAUUAUUGUUUUGUAGGUAUUGCAUGUGUAAAUGAAAUGCUGGUAAAUCAUGCUGUUUUUAUAAACAUAUCAAAUUGUGGUUAGUAUUAAUUCAUGCCAUUAAUGUUGUCAUCCUAACCUAUUUGUUUACAACCAUUCCAUUAUAGUACAUAUCAAAACAGAGUUUUUUUAUAACAAUGUACAGAACUAUUUUUUAUAGAAUGUUUAUAUUGUAUAGUUAAUUUAAUAGGAGUUACAAUUGUGCAUAGAAAAUGUGUAUGUUUUUUGUCAAGUUAGUGAUUUAAACAGAACGAUGUUGAAGUUGUUAUAUCAUUUCCUUUUUCAAGUUCUUUAUUUCUGUUUAAGCUCACCUGAUUACAUAACAUAAUAGCAAGUAUUCCAGUUAUCAUUGGAAGAAAACAGGUUUAUUUACAAUCUCUUGUAAUUUAUUAUUGGAUUUUGUCAAAACUUAUACAUAAUUUAUACAGUGCCAUUCCAGAUUUCCUCAAUACUUUUAAGUUUGUCUUUUGAUUCAAAGUUUUCCGUUUUAUUUAUACAAACAAAAAAUGACUCACACAUUCAAAUAGAUCUAUAUAUAGCUGAACAAAAGGUAUAAUCAGUUUUUAUGAAACAAUUUGUUAGUGACUGACAUAACCUUUUUAAGAAUACUUGCAUGUCCAUUUAAUUUCAUGUUUAAAUUGAAGUAAAUAUUUCUGAUUGAUCUAAUAUUUUCAAUGAACUGAUUGUUUUUAAUUCUUUUAAAUGAAUAUUUUUGCUUGAAUUUUAAGUUUUUGAAAUAUUUACUCAAUAAUUGAAGUAUUGAGGCCUAAAAAGAUUUUUUAAAGUAUUUAUAGAAAUUUACAUGUAGCAUAUAGUACGCAUAUAGCAAAUGCAUGUAUAUAACUGUAAUACACUAGUAUACAUGUAUAUAUAUAUAUAUAUUAUGUAUAUAUAUAAAUUAAUGAAUGUUUGUCAGUGAUUUUGACAACAUAUGCUGAAAAUGAUUACAGCUGUUUUUGUUCCAGCAAUAUCUUUUUCAUCAUCAUUGUUAUCAUCAUCAUCAUCAUCAUCAUCAUCAUUGUUUCAGAAGCAAUUAGCUAAGACAUAGAUAUAUAGUAAUGUCUUUCUGACAUUUCUAUCUCUUUUUCAGAACUGUCAUCAUCAUUAUUCAUCAUUAAUCAUCAUCACUAAAAAUAAUCAUCACUACAUUUCUAUAGCAACAGCAAAAUCAUCAGAAUCAUCAUAAUCAUGUUCAUCAUAAAUAUUAUUGAAUGAAAUCACAACUUACCAAACAUUUAAGCUUUAGAAAACUACAGAAUGAUGGCUGUUAGAAGUUUGGGCUAUAUAUAAUGUUAUAUCCCAUGUCAUUUCAUCAUAUAUAAUCUAUCAAAAAAAUUCAUAACUGUUAAUAAUGAUAUAAUUAAUGAUUUCAGUUAAUUCACUGUCUUUACUUGUAUUUUGUUAUAUUUGUUUUAUGUUCUCUGAAGAUUAUGUUUAAUAUACAUUUUUGUCUAAUUUUUGUUUGAAAAAAAAAAAAGAAAAUAUCUCAAUCCAAACUGACACUACAUCCAAACUGGUUUCAUGGCAGAAAUUUGUGACGAAAGUCAGAAUAUGACUUAUAUAUAAGAUAGUUGUAAAAAUACAUACUUGUUUAAGAGUCCUCGAACAUAUUAGUAUAUUCUCUAGACAGCUGCAAAAAGAAGAUAAAUGAAAUCUUUUUUUUUUUACUUUCAUGUUUAUUUCUGUUCCUUUAAUAGACAUGUCAUAUCAUUAAUAAGAAUAAUAACAAACUUUUUCUAUUCAGUUAUUAAGGCAGGGACUUGAAUCUAUAAAUGAAAGUAACGAAAUAUUGAAGUUGACAAGAAAUUUUGGUGAGUUGUGAUUUCAGAGGUUUAUAAAGAUAAGUCUUUAUAAUGAUGUAGAUUGUAAUAAUAUAAUGUUAUACAUAUUUUAUAAUGAUAUAAAUAUAUAUAUAUUUUUCUUACAUAUCAAACAGUUGUAUAUACAUAUAUACAUGACCCAUUUCUAAAGUAGAAGAUUUAUACUGCAUUCAUUCCCAUUAUAUUUUGAAAAAUAUUAAGAAUGAAACAAAAAAAUAAAUGAACAAAAACUA